UUGGGAAAUAAACUGGAGGGAGCAUCGGCCGAGUAUAAAAACUCGACAUAUCUUUGGGAUGGUACACGAUUCUUCAUCGAAACAUCACACGGCUAACAUGAAACUACUGCUCGUCAUUCUGGCCUGCCUGGCAGCCUCCUCGGCCGUGCCUGUGGAGAAGCAAAAGAGGGACAUCCUGCCAGGCGAUCCCCGCUACGGAACCGAUCAGCAUCAUCAUCAUCACCACCACGAAAACGUGGUCGAAGAUGCACGAGCGUCCAGUGGUUACUCCUACUCCUUCCCGGAAACAGAGAACCAAAGAGCCCAUGUCCAUUUGCCCUCCAACAGCUACGGACCUCCAGGAUAUCAACCGGGUACUCCUUUGAACAAAGAAUUCGUGGCACCAACCUCUGACGUAAUUCAGUAUUCAACUCCGGUACCGAAUUUCCAAGUCUCCGACUCGGUUCAGACUCCUCAAUUGACCAACACGUACAUACCGGUAAAUACGGAAGUGAAGAAGACGGUGACGACUGCGACAAUUUCUGUACCUGUUGAGAAGACCAAUUUUGUGAAAGCUGCACCGCCUGCAACUUCUUAUGGAACUCCAGUGGCCCAUCACACCACGAACACGCUUGAUGCAUCCAGCGAUUCUCGCGUUGAAACCACGCUGAAGACAGUAAAAACCCAACUCCAAGAUCACCAGUUGUUGGAUGUCCCAUCUCCGCAAGUGACGGUCACCCAACAAGCGCCCGUCAGUAAAGGAGUGGCACAUUAUGCCACCGGAGUGAAGAGUAUUCCAGUCACGACCACCUUCACAAAGAACUUACAGGCGGAUACCCUGUUCACUGAUAACUUACCCACCUUCCAAUCGUCGAUUGGAGGAUUCUACAACGCGCCUAGUUACAGUCUUCCAACCACUGUUUACACGAACCUCCAACCAUCUUACAGCACCUUUCACACUGGAUUCACUGGUCUGGGAGUGGAUUACCCUCUGAGAACCCUGAGCCACCAGGUCCAGUUCCAACAACCACUAACUGCUCAUUUCAGUAACGCAAUUCCUACCUCCUACUCUUUCCCACAAACCAGCUACCAAUUGCCUCAGACUCUCACACAGUUCGUGCAACAUUCUGAACCAUCCGUGAGCACGGUACAGAAUUAUUCUCCAGUGCAGACACAGACCAAGGUUCAACCAGUGCAGCAGAAUCUGGAGACCGUGACCCAUGUGGAGCCAGCACACCACAAGGUGGAAACUCUGACUCCAGUUCACAAAGUGCAAUCGGUAGAAGUGUUGCCUCAACGCACGGUGGUCGAAUCAGUGAAGACCAACGCGACGCCAUUGACCCACACCCAAGUCCAGAAAGGACCCAUCGGUGAUUUCUUCCAGAAUUUCUCGGAGAACUUGCCUUCUUUGCCCUCGUUUCCCUCGCUACCUUCUUUACCUUCUUUACCUUCGUUCCCCUCGUUACCUGGUUUACCUACGUUGUCGUCAACCCCGGCACCACAGAUAGAAUCAGCUUCGCCAGUCAGCACUCAGGUGUUCGAGAGCAAAGAUUCCAUCGCCAUCGAGAACCCAUUAUUGUCCGCCGACAACAACCUGAAGGGUACCGUUGUACAACACGUCACCCCAGCUAACGAGUACGUUCAGCCGACGGCCGCGAACGGGGGAUACGUUUAUUGAAAAGUAUUCAGAGAGUCGAAAGUCUUUUCAGUUUAAUUGGAGGUGGUGAGACGUAGAAGAUGAUAAGGUACUUUGUAGUGAACUGUAUGAUGUGUGAACUAUGACCCGUGUAUUAUGGAAGUCUCAGGUGGCAAAUGUUUUCUAGCAAAAGAAACAUAUGUAACAUUAUAAGUAAAUAAAUUCUUUUAUUACAAA